GUGCGUCUCGCGGCAUACAAAGCUAUCUGCGCUGCGUGGCUACCCGACCGCCCCACCCAAACACAAUUCGCAGACUCACUAGCUACUCACCUGGUAUCCAACGCCGGUCUGAAUGUGUGGAGCAUCAAGAUCACCAUCAUGAAGUGCCUGACGAGUGUGUUGUACCGGCUGCCCUUGCGUGUCCUGAGUGAGGGUACGCUCGAUAGAGUGCUAGGCACAAUCUCCGAAGCCGUGGCCGAUGGGAAGUACUCGCAGCUGCGGGUAGCGGCACUGAAGGCUCUGACUGUGCUGCUCGGCGUGUGCUCGACCAAAGCCAGCACACCGACGCCUGCAGCAGAUACCGCAAUGGACACCGGUACCAAUACCGGGACGGUUGCUAGCGCGGGUUCUAAAUCUGCUACUGGCGGAGUGGGUGCGGUUAAUGUGGAUCUCAUCAGUGUGGACACCGGUGCGGUGGUGGAAAGUGAGGCGAGUGAUGUAUUGGGCCGAGAAAGGCUCAUGUCAAUUGUGACGAGUCUGAGGGAUCGCAAGAUGGAUGGCGAUCCGGAUGUGAGACGCUUUAGUGAAGCUUUGCUGCCGUUGGUUACUGCAGCAUUGCAGUAG